AUGGCAAAACUUAAAGAGGACCUCUUGAGUACUCUGAAGGACUUAAAAGGAAAGGAGUUUGGUGAAUUCAAGUGGAACCUGAAGGAGGAUGACAUCCUGGAAGACCCCAAGACACUUUUUGAUGCUCAGAAAGAGGAGGAUGACAAAAAGAAGACCGAGGUAGAGGAGUUAGCAUCUACUGCUAAUCGUGUACUGAACCUUAACACACAUGACUCUGGUGAUCAGAAAAAAUAUGAAAAAAGGAAGGCUGACCUGAAGACUGUCCAGCAGUUUGCAGUGGAUGUGACUCUGGAUCCUGAGACAGCACAUCCUCAUCUCAUCCUGUCUCGUGAUAAGAAACAAGUACAUCAUGGUGAUGUGAGGCAGAGGCUUCCAUACAACCCUAAGAGGUUUAAAAGUUGUGUUAAUGUCUUAGGAAAGCAGAGUUUGUCCUCAGGAAGAUUUUACUUUGAGGUUCAGGUUAAAGGGAAGACUGACUGGACUUUAGGAGUGGCCACAGAAUCAAUCAACAGGAAAGAACAGAUUACUCUGAGUCCUGAGAAUGGUUUCUGGACUGUAUGGUUGAGAGAUGGAAAUAAGUAUGAGGCUAACGAUGAAAACCCUGUCUGCCUUUCUUUGAAGUCACAGCUUCAGAGGGUGGGGGUGUUUGUAGAUUAUGAGAAGGGUCUGGUCUCCUUUUAUGAUGUAGAUACUGCAGAUCAGCUGUACUCCUUUACUGGCUGCUCCUUUACUGAGAAACUCUACCCAUUCUUCAGUCCCUGUACUAAUGAUGGUGGUAGAAACUCUGCCCCUCUGAUUAUCUCUCCAGUCAACCCCCCACUGAACAUUAAGACACUGGAUAUUGGUGAUCAGAAAGAAUAUGAAAAAGGGAAGGCUGAGCUGAAGAGUGUCCAGCAGUUUGCAGUGGAUGUGACUCUGGAUCCUGAGACAGCACAUCCUGCUCUCUUCCUGUCUGAUGAUGGGAAACAAGUACAUGAUGGUGAUGUAUGGAAGAAACUCCAAUACAAUUCUAAGAGGUUUAAGAAAUGUGUUAAUGUAUUAGGAAAGCAGAGUUUCUCCUCAGGAAGAUUUUACUUUGAGGUUCAGGUUAAAGGGAAGACUGCCUGGACUGUAGGAGUGGCCACAGAAUCGAUCAACAGGAAAUAGCAGAUUACUCUGAGUCCUGAGGAUGGCUUCUGGACUUUAUGGUUGAGAGAUGGAAAUAAGUAUGAUGCUAAUGAUGAAAACCCUGUCCGCCUCUAUCUCAAUCACUAUCCAAAGAGGGUGGGAGUGUUUGUAGAUUAUGAGGAGG